AUGUCUCCCUUCGAAAAUAAAGGACUAAUAAUGGGCAUAAUGGCAGGGACUGCUGGAAUAAGCCUGAUGCUGAUUUGGUACCGUAAGAUCCGAAAACCCGGUGCAGCUGUGCGUAUACCUGCGUUCCUAGAUGUAGGUAACAGGCUUAGUUCUGUGGGCUUACAAAAUGAAGCUUCUAAUGAACAAGGAGUAGUAAUGGUUUUACACGGAAGGCAACUGCAGAUGCUAGAAAAAUUGAAUGGCUUGCUAGUAAGUGUGGAUGAACUGAAGAGAGAGGUGAAAUUUCUGAAAGAAGCUAUUCCAAAGCUUGAAGAGCUUGUUCGAAAUGAGCUUCAAGGGAGGGGAGACGUUCAGAAAGUUAGCCCAUCACACAGAGCAACGAAGCGGAGAAAAGCUGAGGCAGCUCCUGGUGCAACAGAAACUACCAGCUCUGAGGAGGCCGAAAGUGAAGGAGGUUAUCUUACAGCUCAUACUGAUUCUGAAGGAGACUCCGAGGAAGAAAAGGAAUGUAUGAAAUCACCCGAUGCCAUUGUGAAAUCAGAAGAAGAAGAAGAGUUAUUCAGUCUUUUACAGCAGGUGGACAAUUUGCACAAAGGUUCAGAGGAUGAUAAAAAGGAGGGCUUCAGACUGUUGCUUGAGAAAGAUGACAAGUAUGAAAACUGUGUGGAAUUUCUUUGGAGACUUGCACGUGCUUAUGGAGAUCUGUUUGAGAUGACUACUGAUGCUGAGGAGAAGAGGAAAUACGUUACUGAUGGAAAGAUUAAAGCUGAAAAGGCUGUUCAGCUGGAUGCCAGGAGUGCUGAGAGUCACCAGUGGUAA